GGGGUCGGGAUGGCGCAGCCCGGGGAGGCCUCGGGCAACACGGCGGCCGCCAGCGCGGGCAUGGACAGCAACGUCCUGGCCAUCGUCAUCGCCGCCACGGUGUCCACCUCCGUCUUCAUCGUGGCGAUCCUCAUCCUGUUGCUGCUCCUGUACCACCGGGACCCCAUGUGCUGCCAGUUCCUCUGCUCGUGCCGCUUGUUCCAGACCCCCAGCCAGUAUGACCGCCCCCCGCCCUACUUCAGCAGCAGCCAGCGGCUGGUGGGACCCCAGCGUGGAGCCUCCCGGCUGGAGAGCGCUGCCGAGAACCCCGGCAUGCAGGGAGAUGAGCUCUUCUGUGUUGGACCCCCCAGCACCUACCGGCUUCCUUCCUGGGAGCAGCCCCGCCUGCCAAGCUACGAGAGCGUGCGGAAGAAAGAUCGCCAGCGGGAAAUCCAUCAGAUGAUCGCCGAGAGGUUUGGGCUGUGGGCAGAGCCAUCCCAGGAGAUGCCACCUCCCUAUGAGCACGCUCUGAGGCAUCCUCCAGCUCUCUCAGGAUCAGGAAUAAGCUCAGAGACCUUGGACAGAUGUGGAGUUCCAGACCCUUUCCAUGCCCCUCUCAGCUACCAAACUCAGCGAAACACAGCGGUGUAAGGCCUCGGCCUCAGCUGCUGCUGCUUCCUGUGCUGUCAGCGACAGAAGUGCCUGGGACACUGUUCCCCUCCGCAGGGAAUGGCCAAACCUUCACCCAGAUCCACAAUCAGUAGAGACCCAGCCAGCACUGCCAUCCCUCCUGCAGCACAAGGACAACCAUGGAGCCAGCAGAGCAACCAGGGACAUCUGCUUGCUCUUCUCUGGCAAACACUGUUACCAAAGGAGAUGGACCAGCUGCUGGAGCUGCACAGGGCAAAGCCAAGGGGAAGGUCUGCUCGGCCACAGCUCCUCAGGAGCAGCACAUUGUACCUCAGUGAGGCAGCACUGCCGGCUGCACCAAGGAUCAGACCUCAGACACUCCUGGUGUCAUGCUACUUCACUCAUUUCGUAGGUUACCAGGUGUUUUACUGUAUCCCUGUACUGGCUGCCAGGUGGGGAUCCCCACUGUGAGUGGAUCUGCACUGGAGCAUCGCUGUGUGCUCUGGAGCAAUGGGCCUGAGACCAACAGCAGGUCUGUACAGACCUCAGACACAGAUUUGGAGAGGCUCUGGGGAUUGUGUUACCUGCUGUGUGCAAACACCGACCACUGAGAUGAACCAUGGGACUGGAUUUGCAGUCGGGGGAAGGACAGACGUGUGGACACAAGAGCUGGUGGUCUCCAUGAAGAAUGUGAAGCACAGGUGGACACGUGUGGCUGACCCAGUUCACCUGGUCUUCUGCAGAGCAGAAGAACUGUCUAAUAAUGUCAACACCGGUGUCCUUACACCACCAAUUUUGAUAACCUGUUUUCUACUGCAGAGUCAAUGUUUCAAAUUGUUUAUCAACCUGUAGAUAAAAUGAGAUCAGUUUGGCCACAAGUCAUUUGGGCUCCUUCAUUUCGAGCAAUAUAAGCUCAAAAAUAUCAUGUAAUGACUCAAAGAUAAAAGGAUAAGUCUCCUGGAUUAUGGCUUUAUGACACACCUCCAGCUGCUGAGCUUCAAAUGCCAGCCCAGACUUCGGUAUCUUACCAGGCCCCAGAACUUAGUCAUGAGUUAAGAGUUAUGCCUGUGAACUUGCCUCACAUGGCGAGUGAAUGGAACAUUCAGGUAUUUGAGUUAAUCAUUGAGGUGAGUUAGACAGAGGGAAAAAUCCAGCUUCCUGGAACACAGCGUUAGAUGCACGUGGAAAAGGAUCUGUUCUGCAGUAUUGUGAAUUAAGGUACAAAUAGAACAGUAAUGACU